UCAUCCAACUCUUGGUAGUUUACAAAUAGUAUUUCAUGUAAUAAUAGAAACUCUUACUAAAGCUCAAUAUGAAUCAGAUAUUAAAAAAAAUAUUGCAUACAAAAUUAAUAAAAAUCUUAAUUCUUAUUUGGAUGAAUUAAAAA